CUUCUGAAGUUUUAUAGAAUUAUUUCUUCUAGAUCUGCCCAGUCUUGGCGAACGCCAAUGGUGUUCAAAACCUGUGAUGAAACGCUUGGCUAGAAAAUUAGGUCAUGGCAUACAAAACACACGAGUUUUGUUUAAAAAUUUUCGGAUACGUCGAUAUCAUGUUUGUGAAAAUAGUUUCCGCUAAUAUAUUUUAAAUGAUUAAAAUUUAAUGUUUUUUCAAAUGCAUCCUUGAAAAAUGAAAGGUUUCUCCUUUUUGUGGAUUAUUUUAAUGCUUUGUUAUCCCACAGGAAUAGAUUAGAAUUAAAAAAUUCGAAUUCAAAAAUGGAUUUUUAAAGAAGCCAUUGUUUGCAUUUUUACUUUAAAGAAGAAAAGUCUAUACUGUGUUAGAGAAAAUGUGGCUGUUUUGGAUCGUUUCCAUUUUCUCCUCUGUAGUUUACAUAUGUUGUCAAGAUGGGGCAUUCGAACCUCCGGAGGAUGACUGGGUUCCACCCUCAACAACCACAAUCGCUCCAACUGAGCCACCCCAUGUAUUUUGUCCUACAGACAUCUUAACAACUUAUCCGUGCACUUGUGAAAAAGGAGGAACAGAAGGCCUCACACUACACUGCGAAAAUGCCAACUUGGCGAUGAUGGCAUUGGGCCUCGGCAAUGUAAAAGGUAAAUUGAUCAACAGUCUUUUAAUGACAAGAAAUUACGUGAGAAGGUUAAAAGGAAGUGUUCUUCACAAUAUUACCAUUUCAAAUUUAGAAGUCAGUUAUAAUAAGAUCGAGGACAUAGACGGCGAUGUUUUUGAUACACUUGGAGAAAGUCUUGUAACAUUAAAUUUGGAAGGAAACAAUUUAAAAAAUGUUCCAUCCGCGAUAAACAAACUAUCGAAGUUACAAUACUUGAAUCUUGCCAACAACCAACUUACUGUACUACCAGCAAAUGCUUUUAGUGGCCUCCCUAGUGUCAAAGAAUUGAGAUUAGAUGGUAACAAAAUCAAUAAAAUAUUUCCUGGUGCUUUUAAUAACAUUCUGAGAUCAUUGGACAAGCUUCAUUUGCAGCAUAAUAAGAUUCAGAAAUUUGAGAGAAAUGUUUUCAAACAAAUGGUAAAACUUAAAUACCUGGACAUAUCAUAUAAUGAUUUCAGCAAAUUCGCCAAAACAGAUUUUACAGAUCUCACUUUUCUGUGGUUUCUUAAUGUUUCAAAUAACCACUUGAAUGAAUUUCCCCGUUCAGCUUUAACAAGAAAUGCUCAGCUAAGAGUUCUUAAUGCUUCCAACAAUAAUUUGAAGGAGAUUGACGCUUAUUUGCUGAGAGGUUUGCGGUUGCUUCGAGAUUUAUAUUUAGCUGGCAAUAAGAUUAAAACUAUUGCUCAAAGAGCUUUAAUUACGCCUACUCGUUUAAGAACUCUAGAUUUGGCUAGAAAUUCGAUGCAAGAUAUUGGAUACGAGAUGUUUAAAGACAUGAACUGGCUAGAAAGGUUGGAUCUAAGUUAUAAUAAAAUAUCGAGAAUAGCAAGUAACAGUUUCAUUAGGAUGUUUCAAGUUGUAGUCGAUUUAAGUCAUAACAACAUUAGUUUUAUAGGGAAGGGUGCAUUCGUUGAAAUGUCUAAUGUUACUGUUUUUGAUUUAUCUUAUAAUUCUAUUUCAGAAAUUGCUCCAGAAACGUUCCAAAACAGUGACGUCAAUGAGUUGCGCCUAGAUUACAAUAACAUAACAGAUCUAUCCAAAGUCCUCAUAACGAAUUUAACCGGAAUAAAAAUUUUCAACGUCACUCACAACAAAAUCGAUAAAAUAGACAGGAAAUCGUUUUCAAAGAAGAAACUUUACGAACUCCACACCAUAGAUCUUAGUUACAAUAAUAUCACAGAAGUUAGUGGUAAUGCAUUCGAAAAGUUUGGCAGCAUACGAAAUAUUAUAAUGCAUCAUAAUAAAAUACGAAAAAUAGGAUAUGGUAGUUUUGGUACAAUAUCGACAUUGCUUGAAAUCGACAUCAGCCAUAAUAAUAUUUCGGAAGUGACGUCAGGAGGCUUUACAAGCUUAGUAUCAUUGCGCAUGUUGUAUAUCAAUGAUAACUUCCUCAGAACGAUGUUCGUUGUUCCCAUAGCCCUAAAUGAAGUGCAUAUUGAAAAUAACACUAUUACAAGGAUACCUCCUGGCAUAUUCCCUGCUAUGAAUUCAUUAUUACAUCUAUAUUUAGAUUACAACAACAUAACUCGACUAGAAAGAGGUUCUUUUCGCGGAUUACUGACACUGAGGACACUAUCCUUAGGGUACAACAAUAUAUCCGAAAUUCCAUGGGAAUCUUUGGAGGAUAUGAGUUCCCUUCAGUAUCUCUAUCUGCAUGGUAACCAUAUCACCAGGCUUAAUAGAAAAGCGUUCGGAAAUUUACCCGUUGUCUUCGAAGUCCGUUUGGAUUUUAACAACCUCCAAAACGUGAGUUCUUACGCUUUUGAAGGCAUGCUGCAAUUGAUAUCGUUAAACAUGAGCUAUAAUAAUAUUUCAUCAAUUCCACCGUCUGCCUUCACGAAGCUUGUGUCACUGCAGAAGUUGGAUAUCUCGCACAAUCGUGUGUCGUCUCUCGAAAAUAAAACAAACGGUAUUCUGGAAGAUUUGUUAUCUCUCGAAGUCUUUAAUGCUUCGUACAAUCACUUGUCAUUCAUAUCAGACAGGUCCUUUCCCAAAUCUCCAUGGAUUCCUUACAAAAUCAAACACAUAGACCUGAGUCACAACUUUAUCCCCGUUAUAACGAAGACUUUUGAUGAUGGCAUGACCAAAGUCGAAGUUCUUAAGUUGCAGAAUAAUAUACUAAAUGAGAUAAGGCCGGAAGUACUUUCGAAUCUCACAUAUCUCCGUCAUCUCGACCUGUCCGGCAACGAACUUCCGAAGUUACCGAAAGGAACAUUUGGACUUAAUCUAAAGGAUCUGGAAGAGUUGAAUCUUAGUAAUAAUCGAUUAGGAUCCAUAGAUGUUGAGGAAGUUUUGUCCAUGAAGAAAUUGCAAUUAUUGGAUCUGAGAGAAAACCGCUUUGCGACUUUUUAUGAAGAGCUUAUUCCUCUGAUGAAAGAAAAUUUCACUCUCCUGUUUAAAGGAAAUCCUUUGAUUUGCAACUGCCACAUACGUCCUCUACGUGUAUGGAUCAGUAACCAACCGGACAUUUCCGCCUGGAACCCAGUAGCUUGCCAUCAGCCACCGUGGCUCGAAGGAAGAGGAAUACCAACAUUAGAUUUGGAAGAAUUAAACUGUAAAGGAAUGACGCAAAAAGCCGAAUUGCCUGUGAAACCAGACAUUAAGAUAAGAGGCAGCGAGGUGCUGAAAGACCACGGAUUACGAGUGGUGUGGUACGUUGCAACGAGAGAAGAUGUGGCAGGAUUCAAAGCCACUUUGCGAAACAAAACUGGAAUCUUGGUGACUCAGCAAGAAAUGUCCUACAACGACAGAGAAUACGUGUUUAGAGAUUUAGAGGCAGAAGAAAAAUAUGAACUAUGCUUGACUGCAGUGGAUUCAUUAGGUUCUGAAAGGCAAGCAUUUAAAUCUCAAUGUACUGAAGUAGGUCCAGUUGGAUUGGCUCUGAGACACAACAUUGAGAACUACUGUUUAAUUUUGCCAAUAUGCAUUGCAAUGAGCUUGUUCCUAAAACGUUAUCUGUGAUAUUUUUUAACAUGUUUUUAUUAUAAACAUUGAAUUAUUUUGUACACACAUUUACUUUUUAUGACGAAAAUAAUCAAUAAAAAUAAUUAUAA